AACAGCACUUUUCUGAUGUUGUACUUAGUGAAGAAUACCUCAAUCUUGGUGUAGAGCAGGUGUGCAGUCUUAUAUCCAGUGACAAACUCACAAUUGCCUCCGAAGAGAAGGUAUUUGAAGCAGUGAUAGCGUGGGUAAACCAUGACAAAGAUGUAAGGCAGGAGCUAAUGGCACGCCUGAUGGAGCAUGUUCGGCUGCCUUUGCUUUCCCGUGAAUAUUUAGUUCAGAGAGUUGAAGAAGAAAUAUUGGUUAAGAACAGCAGUGCUUGUAAGGAUUACCUCAUUGAAGCUAUGAAGUAUCACUUGCUGCCAACUGAGCAACGAGCAUUGAUGAAAAGCACUCGAACAAAACUGAGAACACCUGCUAGCCUUCCAAAAUUGAUGAUGGUAGUUGGAGGACAGGCACCAAAGGCAAUCCGCAGUGUUGAAUGCUAUGAUUUUAAAGAAGAACGCUGGCAUCAGGUGGCUGAAUUGCCUUCCAGAAGAUGUAGAGCAGGAAUGGUGUACAUGGGAGGCAUGGUUUAUGCUGUUGGUGGUUUCAAUGGGUCUUUGAGAGUUCGCACGGUAGAUUCCUAUGAUCCAGUGAAGGACCAGUGGACAAGUGUUGCCAAUAUGCAAGACAGGAGAAGCACACUGGGAGCAGCUGUAUUAAAUGGCCUUCUUUAUGCUGUGGGAGGAUUUGAUGGGAGUACAGGUUUAUCAUCAGUUGAAGUUUACAACUUGAAGACUAAUGAGUGGUUUCAUGUAGCUCCAAUGAACACAAGAAGAAGUAGCGUUGGUGUAGGUGUUGUUGGAGGUAAGCUGUAUGCUGUCGGUGGCUACGACGGGGCGUCGCGUCAGUGCCUUAGUUCAGUAGAAUGCUAUGAUGCCAAUACAAAUGAGUGGACCUAUGUUGCCGAAAUGAGCACUAGACGGAGUGGAGCAGGUGUUGGUGUGUUGAACAAUUUAUUGUAUGCAGUAGGUGGUCAUGAUGGUCCUUUGGUAAGAAAAAGUGUGGAAGUGUUUGAUCCCGUUGCCAGUACGUGGAAGCAGGUUGCAGACAUGAACAUGUGCAGGAGGAAUGCAGGUGUUUGUGCUGUAAAUGGUCUCUUGUAUGUAGUUGGAGGAGAUGACGGUUCUUGUAACUUAUCAACAGUGGAGUAUUAUAAUCCCACAACUGAUAAAUGGACAGUUGUGUCAUCUUGUAUGAGUACGGGAAGGAGCUAUGCAGGUGUCACAGUUAUUGACAAACCAUUAUGAUCAGUAAGAGGAUCUUCAACUUGAUUAUGCACUAGUAGCAGUCUUCAACAAGUGUAUUUGAAGUGACUGAGUAUCUAAGCACUUCUCUACUUGUAGCUGCACCUUGAGUCACAGUGGAAGAUGUGACUGUCUACAAUUACAGAUGACAGAUGAUGAAGAUUACUCUAGGUAGAAGCAAUGCGUAGGAUUAUUCUGCAGUGGAGCAGAAGCUGAUUGAAUUUUUGAAGUCUAAUGGACCAUUUUUUUUAUUGCAAGAUCUUAAAAAAAAAAAAAGCCACUUUCAUAAGGACCAACUGAUGUCAGUCAUGACUGAGAAAUGGUUUGUUAGUGAAGACUGGUGUAGAUUCUGGUGAAAGUAAAUUUUUGUCUUAUUUUUUCCAGAGACUAAUUAAUAUAUUUAAAGAAAUGACCCGUCAAUCUUCAUUAUCGGUAUUGAAUCCCACCUCAGUAAUUCAAGCUGGCAUGGGGUAAAUUUGUUUCCUUUUAUAAAACUUUUGUUACAUAACUAUACUAUGUGCAUAUGUUUGUGUGAACAUAAGUUGCUUUCUAUUGAAAUUCUUCAAAACUUGAUUUUACUAUUUAUAAUUUGGCACAGUACUUUGAAUAUGUCAGUACUAUGUUGUAAAACAGAGUUGUAUUUUUUGAUAUGUAACAAUGCUUAACACUACUAAUUCCCACUGAAGGAGACAUCAGAGAUCGUAUAACACUUCUUGAACAGGUGUAAUUUCAAGAUCUUUUCUAAUAAAAAUGUUGUCUGU